AUGGCCUCAGGCCGUCCACUUGCCAUGACGGCCGCUGGGCUUGCUGAAGAAGAGCCACACCUCCUCGGCAUCCCCUCUGAACUUCGCCUGAAUGUCUACAAGACGCUGUUCAUACGUGCUGAGCCAAUUCUGCUAGGAAUCACGCCCAGUGGAACAUUCCAAGGUCUCAACGUCUCCCUGGUUGAAUUUCCCUUGCCACUGCUCUCAACUUGCCACAAGAUCUACCUCGAGGCAUCUCCCAUUGUCUAUCAAUGCAACAAGUACAUCAUGCCCUGGCAAACAUUCCCUGCACCAUUCCAUCUGCGGCAGGCUAUCAGUGGUUGUUUGAGGAUGAUUGAGAUCGACUGCACCGAGGGUGAUAUCUGGGGCUUCCCCCAAGCAAUCAACUCCUUGGCUGGACAUGCACGCGGUCUCCAGGAGAUCACGCUUACCUUCCAUCGCUCGGCCAGAUGCAUGGCUGCCGCCGUUGAAGUCUCCAGCGCUCUCCCAGCUUGUUCCUCAGCCUUUGAGGUCCCAGUUCUUCAUGUCACCAUCUCUCCACUGAAAGAUGAUGACCUCUUGUCUACGAACGAGCCUGCGCCAUCCGUUUCAAUUAUUGAGACGGCACUAAGAAUGAGCAGUGCACAGUUGUCGGACAUCCUCCCACACAGAGGUCCUGGUGCAGCUAGGCUGAUUACCGCCCCAAAUACAAAUCUGUCCGUUAUCAACUUGAGAGGCAAGGUGUCGCCUACCCUGAAGACGUUGUUUGAGGAUCAUAGGUGUUCAAACAGAAAGUGUGCCUUCGUCAAGGACUGGGAAGAAACGUUGGAGGAAGAUGUAGAUGCCGAGACAGCUUCUCGUCAAUACCGUUACAUCUGGAAGAUGGUUGGAGGGCCGGAACCUGACAUCGAGCCAGACAUGCAUCAAUGGUACCCUGAGCCUGCCAAGAAUGAGAAGGAGAUGUUGAAGGAAUUCAUGCUGUCAAUGGGUAUGGCAGUUGAAGACACUCGAUUGGAUGAUCGCUUGACAACCCUGACCACGGAUGUCAUAGACACAACGAGUGGAAGUGAAAGUGACAAGGAUUCAGCGGAUGAAGGAACUAGCCCUGGGCCUCUCUUUUCUGCACCUCCACACCAGCGACGUAGCCUUUUACGGCAGCAUUUCCUUGAGAAUGGGAUCUUUCCCCGAGCGUGGCGGGAUGAGGACCGCGUGUUGUCGCAAAUUGCUGCCAUAUCCGAUGAUUGGCAGGACCAGGACCAGGACCAGGACCAGGACCAGGACCAGGACCAGGACCAGGACCAGGGCGUGGAACAUGAGGCAUUACCAGAGGCAGAGGCAACUGAAGCUGAUCUCGCAGAAGCCAGUGAAGUGGACGAAGCUACGCGUAUGCUUUCUGCUUUGGCCUUUUCUGAUUCGGAGAGUGACGAGUCUCAACUACCAUCAGGAUCAUUGUUCGUCUCACACGUGACGGAAAAUACAGCUGGACAGGACCAGGGCGCAACCGCGAACGCCUCCGUGGAGCCAAGUACUACUGCACGAGAUGGUACAACUGCUACUGCACAGGAUGGCACAACUGCUACAGCGGUCGACGCCGGGGACGCCUCUGCACUGAAUCCGGGCACGAAUGCAACGCAAGUGGCAAGCGGAAAUACCUGGGCCGAUGAGAAUGCAUCUAGCGAACGGGAUCGAGCCUCUUCGGAAACACCUCACAACUUGAAUGGGCCCGAAGGUGUCGAAGAGGAUCGUCUGCGUCGCCAAAUCGGUCCCGACCUGGUCAGAUUGGAAGGAUGGUUGGCAGAACAGCACGAACAAUACGCAGAGAAAUCGGACAAGCCUGUCGUACCAUGA